AUGGUCAACCUGAUUGAAGCCGCGGGGAGCGGCAAGAUUGAGCGAGUCAGGAAGCUGCUCAAUCAGAAUGCCAGGAUUGAGGCCCAAGACGAGGAAGGGUACACCGCGCUGGCCAGGGCAGCAAACGGGCAACUGCGUACUGCCACACUGCUUUUGGACAAGGGCGCCAAAGUGAACGGGGGCAAAUUCCCACCUCUGCUUGAGGCUGCCGCCGAGGGCCACCUUGAGAUUGUCAAGCUUCUGAUCGAGAAGGGAGCCGACGUCAACCGCUGCGAGGAAGACGCCGACGAAGAGAUCAGCCCAGUCAUCGCAGCGGCGAGCAACGGCCAUCUUGACAUUGUCCGCCUUCUGCUGGACAACGGCGCCGAUGUCGAGGCCUCUGGUGAAGAUGAACAGACACUGCUGCACACAGCUGCCGACGAUGACGACAUGCCGCUUGCUGAGCUGCUCUUGGAGAAAGGGGCCAGCUUGAGAGCCCUGGACUCCGAGGGCAACACUCCUCUUGCCUUGGCCGCGAAAACAGGCAGCGUCGAACUGGUCAACCUUUUUCUGAACAAGGGAGCCGAUGAAGAGGCCCGUGAGCGGAGAGCAUGGUCGCCCCUCCAUUCCGCUGCCGACGAGGGCCACCUUGACAUUGUCAAGAUCCUUGUCGAGCGCGGUUGGGAUCCUGACGGCACCGUCAACGAUGAAGCGACGCCACUCAACACGGCCAUUUUGGCUGGGGAAUUCGCCGUCGUCAAGUAUCUGAUUGAAAAGGGCGCUGACAUCGAAGCCACAUCCGAGGGCCACUCACCGCUGCAUUAUGCAGCCAAAGAAAAUGAACUCCGCAUCACCAAGUUUCUUGUGGAGAACGGUGCGGAAAUCGAGACAACCGACCCGACUGGAAGUACCGCCCUUCACUGCGCUGUCGACAGUGAUGCGAUCAAAACCGUCAGGUAUCUACUCAAGAACGGUGCCGACAUCUCAGCUAGAGAUAGUGAUGGACGUGGUCCGCUGCAUCUCGCGGCGAUUCAGGGAUCCACCAGCGUUGCCAAGGUUCUAAUCAGAGCCGGCGCAGAUAUUGAGGAGGUUGAUGAUACGGAGUGGACGCCACUCGGGCAUGCUGCUGAUAGCGGAAGCCUCGACAUUGUUAAGCUUCUUAUCCAGAAUGGUGCCGACAUUGAAGGGCGUUCAGGGGAAGGCUGGACGGCCUUGACUGCUGCGGCGUCGUCCGGGUAUAUCGAUGUCGUCCACUACCUUCUUGAGCAAGGCGCAGAUAUUGAGUCAGCGACUGAUGAGAACUUUACCUCGUUGGCUCAGGCUGCGCACGCAGGCUUUGUCACCAUCGGCAAGAUGUUGGUGGAUCGGGGUGCCAACGUCGAGGCCGCCUCCAAGGAUGCAAGUACCGCUCUCCAUCUGUCAGCUGAGAACGGCUAUUUCAACUUAACAAAGAUUCUUGUGGAGAACGGCGCUAAAGUCGAUGCCAGGGAUCGUGAAGGCAUGACACCUCUGCACUACGCUGCCGAGAACGGCCGCUUGAAGACAGUCAAGCUCCUGGUCGCCAAGGGUGCUGAACUGGACGCCGUUAGCAAGGAUGGAUACAGCCCUCUCUCGUCUGCUGCGGAAAACGGGCAUCUCAAGACAACUACAUUUCUCCAGGAGCAAGGAGCGAAGCUCACUGCCGUCUCAGAAAGCAAUAAAAUCACUCCCCUGCAAUGCGCUGCUCGUUCCGGCGAGGUUGAGGUUGUCCAGUUCCUUGUCUCUAAGGGAGCUGAUGUGAAUCUCCCCGGCGAAUUCGACAUGACACCUCUGCACGAAGCUGCGGACUAUGACAACCUGGAAGUCCUCACUUAUCUCCUUGAGAAGAAUGCGAACCCUGAUAUUCCCAGCAUGUCUGGAGCUACACCUCUGUGUGCGGCUGCCCUUAGCGGAAGUAUUGAAAUCGCGAGAGUGCUUCGUCGGCGACUGGAUGCCCAGCCCCUUCCAUCUGACAACUACAACCGUUCCCCCCUCUUCUUUGCUGCCUCCCGUGGCCACCUCGGCAUGGUGAAGAUGUUCUUGAAGGGAAACCAUAAGUUGCUUCGGUCCAAGGACGUCUACGGGUCGACGGCCGUGUGCUCAGCGAUGAGAAAUGGGCAUGAAGAGGUUGUUCAGUACCUUCUGCCCUAUUUCAUGCCGUCCAUGAACUCUCCAGACUUCCUCGGCAAGACGUUCAAGUGGUGGCUCACCGAGGUGGGAACGCCCGGAAUGCGCAAGCUGUACAAGCAGGCGCGGGCUGGGGCCAACAAGAUCAGAAAAGGCGGCGAACGUGACCAAGACGAUGAGGAUGAGUACGAAGACCACAUCUGGCGAUACUGCGACGUCUGCAUGGCCACUCUUUCGGAAAAGGACCCUUACUUCAGCUGUGACAUCUGUGACGGUGGGAGCUUUGUUAUGUGUUCAAGCUGCACCAAGUACGAGGCUCAUUGCAGGGUCGCAUCGCACAAGAUGCUCUCCAAGCAUCCAGUUGCCAAGGAUGAUGACGACGAGGAAGAGGAGGACGAAGCCCCGACAGAGGGAAAGAAGAAGAAGCGUAGCAGCGGGAAAAGGGCAGAGGAGGAGGGAGAGGAGUCCGAAUAG